AAAUAAAGUUUUGGAAUUCAAAAUCGCUAAGUUUGUUCCUGCUUUCGGUUUUUCCGCGCCUGUUAGGAAGCGAAGCGGGGCAGAAUUUCAGUUUCUCACCGCGGAGGAGCCUCUGCCACGUCAGAUUCUACACACCAUCGGGGCAAACAAAGAACAAACAAAGGCAGCUCGGCUUUUAGGACUUACUAAAAACACGACACUGCAGCUAACAGGCUAAUUAGCAGGCAUACACAAGCUAUAGGUCGCAAGGAGGCCAAAGCUAGCAGGCUAACAGGAGAAGAAGCUAGCUGUCUGGUGUGAGUUUGGGAUAAACAAAACACGUCGUUUUUUAAUUUAUUUUUUAAUUUAUCGUGCCAAGAUGGAGGGGAAAUACAACCUUAAGAGCCCGGCGGUGAAGAGGCUGAUGAAGGAAGCGGCUGAACUGCGAGAGCCCACUGAGCACUAUCACGCCCAGCCUCUGGAGGAUAAUCUCUUUGAGUGGCACUUCUCAGUGCGCGGGCCUCCGGAUUCCGACUUCGAUGGGGGGAUCUACCACGGCCGCAUCGUUCUACCUCCCGAGUAUCCGAUGAAGCCUCCAAGCAUCAUCCUCCUCACUCCGAAUGGGAGAUUUGAAGUCGGGAAGAAGAUCUGCUUGAGCAUAUCUGGGCAUCAUCCCGAGACCUGGCAACCCUCCUGGAGCAUCCGGACAGCUUUAAUAGCGAUUAUAGGGUUCAUGCCCACAAAAGGAGAGGGGGCCAUAGGAUCACUGGAUUACACUCCGGAAGAAAGGAAAGCCCUGGCCAAGAAGUCUCAGGAUUUCUCUUGUGAGAUGUGUGGAUGCUCCAUGCGUACAGCUCUGCUGGCACUGAGUCCCAACAGUGAGCGCCAACCUGUGGACCCUCAGGCUCAGCAACUAGCACAGCAGAUUAGCUUUAAGGCUGAGUCCAGCACAUCAUCCGCCGCUAGCGGGAGUAAAGAGACGCCCAGCGUUAGCCAAACAGGCCAGCAGGAGACGAGCUCCAGCUCAGAGGCACUAGACAGCAAAGUGACGGCUCCGGCCGAACAGGCUGAACCGGCGUCCGAAUCCGCCACCCCUCCUGCAGCUCCCAGCUCUCGGUCCCUGAGCCCUCGACAACGGCGCGCUCAGAACCGGAACCAGAACCAGCCGCAACGCCGGCCCACUUACCCAGCAUUCCCUGCAGCAGCACAGCAAGAUGGCAGCCACACAGGAUCAGCUGUGCUCAUCGUGCUGCUCACGCUGGCUCUCGCUGCCCUCGUCUUUCGCAGGAUCUACCUGGCCCAGGACUACAAGUUUGACUACGAGCUCUGACCGGCAGAGUUUAGCUAACAAACUCCCACCAAGACUAAACCUAAAACUGCUGCCAACCUCCACCACCUUCCAGCUGCCACAAUGUCCUCAGUGAUGCCUGAUUGUGCUUAAUAGUGCAUACCAAAGGAGGAGGUCAGCACAUAGUGUACAUUAUUUUAAAAAGAAUCGCAUCUCGACUAUAUUUAGAAAAGAAAAUGACUGACUCGUGUUGGAAAUGCACACCUUCCAGGAUUUACGGUUUUCCUUGGAUUACAUUGGGAUACCCCCCCCCCCCCUUUAUGCUGAUAUGUUAGUUGAUUAGACUCUAUCUGUUGUAAGCCAUUUUAUUUGAAGCAAAUUUUUAUUUAUGAAGCCGGAUAAUUAUAAACGGUUUUUAGGAGCAUAAUGCAAAAAAUGUGGUAUUCACAAACAAACUCUAAUUGUAUAAAUUUAUGCAUAAGGAGACUAAUAUAAUUAAUUUAUAAAAAUCACCUAAGCAGCAAUGAGUUACCUUAGCAGACCUGUGUUACUGAAAUGUCUUUAAAUCUGUUUGGGAGUGUAUGAAAGUUAAGCAACUAUUUUACUUAAAAACUUCCUCUAAAAUGAUUUGAUUCUCAUACCUCAGAGAAAAUAUCCAGAGCUGAGAGUGAAUAGUAAAUAUAAAUGUAGCUAGGUAUUAGACUUGUUCUAUAUUGAUUUUUUUUUUUUUUCCCACCUCCUUGCUAUUUGCCAGUGAAGAAUUCACAUUGAACGCAUGAAUCAUCCUAAUAGAAAAAAAGCCCUGAGCAUUUCUACCAUUUCAGGUUUAAAAAGAAUUCGGGAGUACAUUGUUAUUAGCUGUGAAGAUGGGAACUUGCUGGCAAUGACGAUCACGACAACUCAGCUGGUCAUUUAUAUAGUAAUUCACAGUAAAGAGUACAACCCCACUUUCACGGUUCCAUUUAAUUUUUUGCUGGUUUAAAAAACCCCCCAAAGCUUACAUUUAUGGCUGAAAUGUUCUGGUGGUAUAAUGAUGUGAUAUUUUAAGUGUCUAAUGUGCACUAUAUCAUCAUACUAUUAUUAGACUUCACAUUCUUCAAUGUAUUGGGAAAUAUUCUCCAUUUUCACUUAGCUCAGCAGAAAGCAUGAGCACCUCACAAGCCCAGACAAGAGCAUGGAAGACCAGAGGGCAGGGCUUCCAGGUAACGUCUGUUAAUAUUAAUAUGCGAGUGUUGAAAAUGCAUCUCCAGAAUCAUUCGGGAUUACUAUACCUAUUGACCCAUCCAGUCUGACUGCUUUUAUGGUGUAGUUUUUGAUUGACAACUCCAAUGAUUUUUGCAUGUUGCGAUUGCAAAGCUGCUACACUAAACGUAAAAAGGUUUGCAGGGCUGGUGAUAUAAUACAUUUGGAGAAAACAUCGCUAGAUAUUAUCACUGGCAGUGUAAGCCAGUCACAUUGUACUAAUGAAUAUAAUAAUGGAAAUGAAACAAGAAGGGAAUUGUGUUCUCCAGCCAAAGCUUUCUGUUAUCAUUGCCAAGUUGAGAGAGCCAUACCCUCUGUUACAGGGUGCACACAACUUCUAGGAGAAAGAAAUGAUGACUUAUAAAAAAAAAACAAAAAAAAAAACGGGUGGUCAGCAAUAUUGCAUUCCUAUAGAUAGGGAUUUUUUUAAAAAAAAACUAUUAAUGCGGUUUAGAAAAACUAAUAUAUGUUAUUACAUAACGGACUUUUAAAGCUUUCUGAUGCAUGUGCUUUUGUUCAGGUAAAUAUAUUGUCAUGUUGAAUUGCGCCCCGUCUAACAUUCACUAAAGUUCACCAUGAGUGUACUAGAUUUAGACAAGCUCGUGCAGAACUCUUUAAAUAUGCUCUUAAACAACAAACAGCACACACACGGUUAGUGAGGGUUUAGCCAGGGCAAGUUCAGAAAGACCAUAUCGAUCCUUUUCACCCGUCAGUUUAUGUGCAGUGCUUUUAAAUGUGAAAAGUUUUAUGCUAGUGACCCUAGAAGUAAAAUGGCUCGGUUUUGUGUGCUGUAAAAGCUGUUAUAUGAUUUUUAACAAGAGGCUGAUUAAAAUUGGGAAAAUGA